AAUGGCAGCCUACAAUCGGACGACACUGCGAUGGCGUCUUGUCUCGAUUCAGCCGAGAGUGCGAGAUCCUCCACGUGCGAGACAUUGAGAAAUACAACAGGACUGCGUUCUCGACAUAGGAUCCUGAAUGAAAAUCAUCUUUCACAACUGACAUUCCGUGCCUGCAGCUCACACAGCUCCGAAGCAAGGUACUAGCGCCCGUGACAGCACUCCGAGUGGCAAGCAGCGAGCCCGAGUUGGAAUCCACUCUCAUCAAAAUCUCAAUUCAGCGUUGGCGAACACGUCAGGUCUGAUUCGCUAUGGCCAUCAAGAACAAUUUCAAGGCCGAUCGAGACAUCCCAGAUCUGGGAAAGAAGGUUGUCCUGGUGACUGGAGGUAAUGCCGGUAUUGGUGCCAGCAUCGUAAAGGCUUUGGCCGCUCAUAACCCAGGCUGCAUCUACCUCUGUGCCAGAACACCCAGCAAAGCGAAAACUGUCAUUGAUGCCAUCAAGCAAGAACACCCGAAUGCCAACAUCGAGCCACUGGAGCUGGACUUGAACUCCUUCGACAGCAUCAGAGCCUGCGCAGCUCAGUUCAACGAGAAGAGCGAUCGUCUAGACCAGUUGUACCUCAACGCCGGCAUCUCAGGCACAACGCCCGGCCUGACUAAGGAGGGCUACGAGAACACCUUCGGAGUGAACCAUGUCGGCCACACGCUGCUAUGCCAACUCCUCAUGCCAAAACUUCUGCAAACACAAAAGCAGCCCGACUCCGAUGUCCGCGUCGUUGUCACCUCCUCCAUCGGCGGCCACCGAAUCGUGCCCAAAUCCGGCUUGAUCGAUCUUGACACCACCAAGACAGUCGAAUCCUCCGGCUUGAACGCCAUGACGAAAUACGGUCAUUCCAAACUAGCAAACAUGCUCUUCGCUCGCAAACUCGCUCAGCUUUAUCCCGAAAUCACCACAACUUCCUUCCAUCCCGGAACUGUCAAAUCCGAAAUCUGGGGCAAAGCUGAUGGAAUGAAAUGGCUCGUUUACCUUGUGUCACCCGUUGUAUGGCUCACCGGUGUCGAUUGCGAUAAGGGUGCCGAGCCGGGUUUGUGGUUGGGCAAUGCGGACAAGUCGAGUAUUGAGAAUGGGCGGUAUUAUGAGCAGGGCACGUUCGGCAAGCCAAAGGAUGGGAAUCCGCAUGCUGUUAGUCAGGAGUUGGCCGAUAGGCUGUGGGAGUGGACGAACAAGGAAUUGGAGAGCCAUGGUGCGCCAGGUUGGCCGAGUGCUUGAAGACAUUAGAUGAUAUCGACAGAAGUGGUCUGAGUUGCUGUUAACAGCUUGUUUGUAAGAAGUUUUAGGGAUGGUUGUACUUUCGCUCCUGAUACCAUUGCGAUCAUGGUUGCGCGCUAGCUUUGCCUCGUGCCUUCUUCUCUUCCUGCUUGCGACCACAAAUGCGUUGAGUGUUGGUGAAUCGUUC